UCGAAGUGAACGUGACUGUUUUUCACAGUAAAACCGCAUUUUACGUGUGAAAAAAAAGUUGUGUGUUUUAAAAUAAACAAUUGAAUAUAGUGCUCGCAUUGUGUGUGUAUCUUUUUUGUGAGUUUUAAUACAGCUAGCUGCCGGCAUGCCGUGGUCGUGAGAUGGACGGUAUUCAGAUGGAGCCCAUCGGCAAGUACAAGGCCGACCGCAACGGCUCCGCUAAGGCGGCCGCUUGGCGUAACAUGGUGGAUCAAGAUCUGGAUGACGUAGCGUUUUUGGCUGACACGGACAAAGCCCGCGAGGCGCGCGAGCUCGGCGACGCGCCAGUCGCGGUGUGCUCCCAGCGUCGCGCGAUAUGUCUCGCCGCGUUAGUCUUAGCCGCGAUGCUGUCCACCGCGCUGCUGAUAGUGUACGCCACUCCACAACCCGAUUGUCCGUGCGCAGCAGAAGCAGAACUAUUGCCUGGUCAACCUCCCACGGGGUCGGAAGAGAACGCCACCGCUGCCAACAAAGAGCGUAUAGCCAGCAAUGGGAUGGUGUUUCCAUGGCGCGGCGCGCGACUGCCCACGUUUCUGAUCCCCAAACACUAUAGUCUAUGGCUACAUCCCAAUUUGACCACGGGAGAACUAAGAGGCGAGGUGUCGAUAGACUUCAAGGUGGACCGCGACACGCUGUUCGUAGUGCUUAAUGUGCGUGACAUGAACGUGACAGAACGCGUGCUGUUCCGAGCUGGUGGCACGUUUGGGCCUAAAGUGGUCAAGACGUUGGACUACCCGCCCGCUGACCAGACCUACAUAGAGUUUAAGGAGAAACUGCGGCGCAAGUAUAACUACACGCUGAGUUUGCGUUUCAUCACCAAACUGGACCGAAGCGACAAACAGCGUGGCUUCUUCUUGGCCGGCACACACAGACAUCGCUGCGCAAUCUCCCGUUUCUGGCUGACUCACGCAAGAUCAGCGUUCCCGUGUCUGGACGAGCCACACCUGCGCGCCACAUUCAAGCUGACGGUGGUGCGGGACCGGUUCCACGUGUCUCUCACCAACAUGCCCAUCGUGGCCACUGAGGAGGCUGGCUUCUACUUGGGCCAUCGACUGCUCCAAGACGAAUUCGCGGUGUCCCCACCAAUGUCCCCCCACAUGAUGGCGCUGGCUGUCUGCCGCCUGCAGCGGAGGGCGGCGCCCCCCCUGCCUUCGCACAACGGGUCCGAGCCCACGGAGGCGCCGGACGAGCUGGCGCUACCACCGCCAGAGGUCAGCCUGUACAGCGACCAGCAGGUCAUACUGGACGAGGCUGGUCCAUUGCUGGAGUGGGUGCAGAAGACGAUUCAGCUGUUCGCGUACGAGCUCAACACGUCGUAUCCGUUGCCGAAGUUUGACAUCGUGGUGGUGGAAGGCGGCACCCAGUACUCCGAGGGUUGGGGUCUGAUCACGCUGGCGCCGUCCAUGCUGAGCGACACCAAGGUUAUAGCCAGGCUCUUGGCGCAGCAGUGGUUCGGAGGGCUGGUCUCGCCUCGCUGGUGGAGCGCCCAGUGGCUGCUGGAAGCGCUGACGUCAGUGCUGGGAGAGCGAGCUCCCGCGCUGGGGGGGGCGCCAGCAGAGCGGGAGCAGGAUGCGCUACUGCUGGACCAUGUGCUGCCCGCUCUCAGACUGGACUCCAGCAACUCGGUGCGAGCGGUCGCGUCGCCGAGACUGGAGCGAGCUGACAUUGAGUCUGCUGUUGAUGAACUGUCCUUGCACAAGGGCGCCGCGAUCGUGAGUAUGGCCAUAGAGGCAGCGGGGCAGGAGGCGGGACGCGCGGCGCUCGCGCGACUGUUGCGCGACCAUCGCUCGGCCAGCGCUGACGCCAGGGAUCUCUGGCGUGCGCUACAACAUGACGGCACGGAUGAAGCUCCAGCCCACGCGUGGGACGGCUGGUGCGAGCGACCCGGGUACCCGCUGCUCUGCGCCAGGAUCUCCGGCAGCGACGUGGUACUCAAGCAGGAACGGUUCGUGAUGUCUGCGGAUCCUCCCGACCCUGAGCCGCCGAUGCUGAACCAUCUCCUCACCCUGGAGCUGAGAGCUGAAUUGGAUGAGCUGUUUUUUGAACCAGAAAACUUCACAGAAAUAAUAGAAGAGGACGUCAACGCGACAACGACCACGCCGCCCCCGACCACGACCACCAAAAAAACCACAAUAAAGACAACGAAAGCACCGCCCGCACCCAAGUGGGUGAUACCGGUCACCUUCUCAGUGGGCCCCCUGGUGACCAGAGACGAGUUUGUCAACGAGACGAUACUUCUGAACGCAACUUCUGAGCAUCCGCCUUCUAAGGUGACCUGGUACGAUAUAGUGCAAGCGAACGACACAAAAGCGUCGAGGUGGUCAGAAAAUGUUACAUAUCUUGUGUGGAUGAAUGAUACGGAAAUGGUGAUACCGGAGCUGGGUAAGCACAAGUGGGUGCGGUACAACGUCGGUGCGCGCGGGCUGUACCGCGUGGCACCGCAAGACCGGAACGCUGGCGAGUCAGCGGAGGAAGCGGCACUGCGUGCAGCAGCGCUGUACGAGAGCGGAGCGCCAGCAGAACGAGCCUUGCUGUUGGAUGACGCCUUCGUGCUGAGUCGUGCUGGUCGGCUACCGGCCAGUAGAGCUAUCGCUGCCGCUGCACACCUGACCACGGAGCGCCACUGGGCGGUGUGGCGCGUGGUGGUCAGCCACCUGUCGUGGUGGCGCGAACUGCUGCGCGUGGCGGCGUCCGGUCCGCACCUGGAGGCGCUGCUGGCAACUCUGCCGCCCGCUCUGCCGCUGUACUCGCAGCAAGAGCUGCUAGAGACAGCCAUCGACGAGGAUCAGCUAUGGCUGAGCGGCGCGCUGCUGUCGGCGGGGGUGGAGUGGGGCAACGAGAACGUGACGCAGCAGGCGCUUGAGCUGUUCGACGCGUGGCUCGCGGAGAACGAGUCCAUCCCAGAGAUAUACCAGCAGGCUGCGCUGACAGCGGGCGUCAGGCAGCGUGGAGCGACAGCGUGGGCGGCGUGCUGGCGCGCGCUGCUUGCGUCGCAGGCAGCGCCGCGUCCGCUUUACUCGCAUACUGCGCUGCUCGCCGCGCUCGCCUCGCCGAGAGACGACUGGCUGCUUUACAGGUUCGCGUACACGGUGCUGUCGAGCGAGGCGCAGCGCGGCCGCGAGUGGAAGACGUGGGUGACGGCGCUGUGCGCGGGCGUGUGCAGAUGGCGCGGCGCGGCCGGCAUAUGGCGGAUACUGCACAUGGCGCCACUGCCGCCGUCAGCGCUGCAAGCGGCCGCGCGCUGUCUCCACCAGCCCGGGGAUUAUUAUAGGUUUAAAGAACUGUUCGGUGAACAGAAAGGCGCGUCUCUCGCGCUCGACACCAUCGCACUGAACGCGGCGUGGGUGACGCGCGCCGACGCGGACUUGCUCGCGUACUUCAACUCUGUUGGCAAGAAGAAUGAGUACUAAAUUAUUCGCACAUUUCAUUCAUUAUGAAUAGCAAUGAAUGUUAAUUCAUAAUUGACGUUUAUUUGUAACUGUGUUACGAUGUAUGCGUUUUAUGUAAUGCGCGUUAACGUGGACCUGCAGGGUUAUUAUACGUAUGUGUAUCAUUCAAAUAAUCAGUCACUUCAUCGUAUAACAUCGUAUUUUCGUUUUUGCAAUAUAACAUUGUGUUUUCAUCGAAAUGGCACAAGUAUAGUAGUGGUAGUAACAAGUUUUAACUUUAUUUUCAUCUAAAACUGGUAUUUACUUAAUUUCGUUGAAAUAAUCAUGUUAGACGAUCGUGAAAACAAAAAAUCACUGCCAUUUUAUGUGAAAUGGUGCAGUUAAUGUUAUUUCGGUGAAAUAACUAUUUUAGAUGAUAACAAAAUCAAAAAUACGAUGAAAAAUAAUGUAAUGACUCAUUGUUAGAAUGGUACACCGUGAUACAUAAUAGGCCCGCUGGAAAGCUUUAAAAAGGUCCAUUCAUAACGAUUCAUGAUGAACUUUAAUUCAUGUUUAUUAUGAAUUAAAGUUCAUUCAUAGUGUAACUUAGUGUCCAGAGCGCGAAAUGUCUGCUCCGCGCAAACCUGUUCAGUAUUCAAUUCACCUUUGUUAGUAAGAAAAGCGUCUACUUAAUUAUAUUUAAAACAUUCCAUUCAUAAUGAACCUAGAGACAUAAUUUCCUGAUAUUACUGAAUGAAAAUGAUUGCAAAAAAAUAAUAAUAAAUAUCUUUCUUUGAUAGUAAAUUUAAUAUAUCAGUCACAUUCAUUAUCCUGUAAGCUAUUUCCAGUGCCCCAUGUUUGAAGUUAUUCAUUAUUACUUAGCAAUUAAGAUUUUUUUUCGUCUAAUUCUGAGAAAUAUAAUUAUGAUGAUUUUUCAGAGUUUAGUAAUAAAACAUAUUUAUUUAGCAUUCAAGAAUGCUAAAUUAAAUAUGUAGGUAUUCGUUUUAAAAUAAAUGUACCUACGUAAUUUAUUUUUAGUAACUAAAUAAAAUUUUAAGCUGUUCUUGCUUAUGUUUUAAAAUCUAGGAAAGAGGAAAUCCGUUUUAUUUUUGUUUUUAAUAAGUUAAUCUAGUUUAUCUACAUAUCUUUAUCAUGUAGAUUUUCGGAAACCACGACAAAAAAAGUAAAAAUGGGUUUCAAAAUAACGUUUGAUUUUUAUAUUUUUCAUCUCGUACAAUUUUGAGAUAUCUCACAAAUAAAUGUCAAGUGUUCAGAUUAGUUAGAUCGCAGUAAUUAAACUAGAUGGCGCUGUAUUUUAUUUUUAGUUAAAAUAAUUUUAAGUAGACAUUUUAGGUUAUUUUUUUUUUAUUAGAGAAGUCUUCUUAGGUUAUAUUUUUGAAUAUGAUAAACGCCAAAUUAUAAAAAUCUAGUCAUUGAUGUAUUUGUGUUUGACUGUGGAAGUCGGUAUAUGUUUGGUUAUUCUUAAAGACAAGGUCUUCACGGUCAAUAAAUAUAGCAAAAGUCAGUACCAUGACAAAAAAAACUGUAUCUAAAAACAGCAAUAAUUAAGAAACUGCUCUUCUUUUUUCUAGUAAAAUCAGAAUCAGUAUAAACAAAGUAGGUAGUAGAAGAAGAAGAAGAAAUAUACUUUAUUGUACACUAAAAACAAAAAUAGACAAUAACUUAUAAUAAAACUUAGAAAAUAAUGUACAUUAGGCGGUCUUAUCGCUAAAGAGCGAUCUCUUCCAGACAACCACUGUGAAAGAGAAAAACGUAAGCAGAUGCUGGUACCUAUAUUAACGAAGCAUUUCCCAAUGUUCUUAAGGCUAAAAAACUCAUCUACUACGCUAAAACUGAGAGUAACGCCAUUUUGAAAAAAAAAAUACUACGAGUAAAAGCGCGACAACAGUAUUUCAGUUGUGUUUUAUUGGCGAUACAAGACACAUGCAAUAUUUAUUGACCGUUUGAGCUUUCCAUUAAAACGCCUUUCGAUAGAAUAAUACUCGUACUAAUAGAAACUAGCUUGUUACUAUCGUGAAUUGAGAUAAUAUAUACAUGUAUAUAUAAGUAUUUAUAUUUAACACAGUUAAUCUUGCACAAGUAAAUAUUUAUUACUGCAUAUCAUUGUAAUCAUUAAUUCUUCACCUUCUAAUAGACUAAGUGCCGCGCGGCCAGACCUUUGUCAUUAUAGAAAAGCUGAAAGUAUAAUGUUAAUGCUCUGUGGUCUCAGACCAAUUAUAGAAGGACCUGUAUCGCACUCAUAGUCCAGAACAAAAUUGUCUGCCAUUUUCUGAGCAAAACGAGCUUAGAUUUGGUAUAUAUCUUAUACUAAACUAAAAGUUUUUGCCCGUUUUUUACACAAUUCAAUUCAAUUACACAGAAAGGUAUUUUUAUGGAGCUCUUUAACCGACGAACACGAUUACAACUAUUUAACAUCGAUUCUAUAGAGACAGUUUUUAUAAUCGCAUUAGAUCGUUGAUCAUAUACUUUGACAGAAAAGUUACGUCUAGCGAGGCAGGUCCUAUACAAUAAUUGGUCUGAGUCUGUGGUAUAACGAGCAAAAAAGCACGUUAUUUAUAUGGAAGUCCCGUGAAAUAUUUAUUUUGUUUUGAUUUUAGUAUUUGUUGAUAUAGCGCCAACAUCAUACAUCACCUGCGAAAGGGUCAACAAUCAUACUAUCACGGUUCAUGAGAAUCAGCUUGGUGUCAAACGGACAGACAGAGGAGUCCUGUUUUACCUUUUGAGUGCUGAACUCUAAAAAUACGUUUAAUACUUAUUUGGAUGGUUGAUUUAAUGAUUGGUUGACCUUUAAUCAUGCUAUCGCCUAAGUCCUUACACAGUUGCCAACCGUACUUGCUGGUAGGAGCAUGCAAAACUUUCAGCUUUUGUAAGACAGUCUCUGAAUCUAUAUGCAUUCCUAGUACCGUAGUUUUCAUAAUUCAAACAGAAUCUAAUAAGAAGAGUCUGCAAAAUAUCUCAACAGUUGAUCUUAAAGAAAACAGUACCGAUUAUUUUAUUCCACGAAUAAUAAGAAAAUCAUCUUUAUCUCAAUAGUAUCUCUAAAAGUUAUUUUUCUAUCCAAUGUAAAAUCCAGAAGGACCUGCAAAAAGCUAUGCUUUUUACUCCAAAAAAUGUUGCAUUGUUUUAAUAUUAUAUGAAUGGAAAUACUUAAUUAUAGUGAAAUAUAAAGUACAAGUUGUAUGCUAGGAGUGCUAGAUUUUUGGUCCGAAGGCGAAUCAAAUUAUCUUAUCUUUAGGCUUGAUUAAUUGAUUUGCAAACAUUGAUAUUAUAAAUUAAAAUAUAUAUUUUUGCAUAAAAUGAUAAUUAUUGUAAUUUGAAUUUAAAAAUCUUUAGAUUUUUGUGUGAUUUCGAGUGUAGAGUGCGAGCGUUUAAAUCUAUCGCAUGAAACUCAUUAUAGUGAACUUGAAUUUUGGAUGGAAUUAUAAGAGCACCAAACAAAAGAAAACACAAUCCGUGGAGCUGUUUUAAAGUAAUACCAUUCUAAUUCAAGUUUACUUUUACGUGAUCGAAUAAGUACUAAAAAUCACACUCGACAUACGAACACGUGUUGUGUUAUGUAUAUUUUUGUUUACUAUAAAUUUAGUAUUGACUUUUAAAUUAAGUGUGUAGGCAAUGCGAAAUAAAUUAUUUCAAUAACAAGCUAUGAAAAUACGUAUACCUACUUAUUAUUACAAAUUUUAAAUUAAAAAAUACAUAAUAACAAAAACUGCCGAACAUACAUUCUGGCUUUAGCGGUCUUUAGGGCUUCCAUUCAGUAACUUUCAAAAUUGUAAGUAAGUCACUUAUGGUAAUGAACUUGCACAAAGUAAAACCUGCUUCUAUUAAAAUAAUGAAGUUCCAAUGUAAAUGUCAAAACAAACAUACUCUUUACCUUUCGAUAGUCACGGAAAUACGAUGACUUUACAAAAUAUACUACUAUUUUUAUUAUUAUGUAUUUUUUAAAAGACAUUUUACUCUUGUGUGAAAAACAAAGUUAUUCAAAUUUUAACUACAAAUUAUUAAUGAUUUUGAUUACUUGUAUAAAACUACGAAAGGACAGUUAGAUAUGUUCUUUGUAGAUAUAGUAUGUGGUUACAUCAAUUUAUUUGUAUAGCCCGACCAGAAAAAUAAAAACGCGGACAAAAAAAACCUAAUUUCUUCUUCAAACAUACUAAGGUUGCAAUGAAGUUAUAAUGAAAAAGUGAUAGUGGCUCCCCCAGACAAGGGUUUUUUUAUAUUUUUGGUCAGACUAUACUUCAAUUGUACUAAAUAAUUAAUUAUUUGGGUCUUUGCAAUCAUGUUUGAUUAAUAUUUGCGUAAGAACUAAGCGCUAAUAAUAUUUUAUUCUUUAUUUAGUUAUCAAAAUUCACAAUAUAGAAAUCUUUAGGUGGAUUUUUGACGAUUAGCGAAAAAGAUCUCUUGUUGUAGAGAACACGUAUAGAAAAAGAAAAAUCUUUUGUAUAUUUUUAUAAAAAAAAUAACGGAGAAACUUUUUAUAUCGAAAUUUUUCUAAAGUUGACUUUUUAAUAUAUUCCGACCAGUACAUAGUGAAUUAUAGUGAAAAAAAGUAUCAAAAUCGGUUGUGCGUUGUAUAGCUGAUUGGUGUUGAUACACUAAAAAAUUAAUUAUACAAAAGAGGUAGCUUUCGGAAAUAUUUAGGUAAUUGGUAGGAUUUUGAAGCGAAUCAAGUAAAUACAGUGAAAAUCACGUACGUCGAAAACUUAUAAUUUUAAGUGUAGUAUUACAUUAUAAUCUGUUUUUAAUAUAUUUUUAAGUUAUAAUUACUCGUAAUACCUAUAUGUAAUUUGUUUUAUGGUGAUUGUAUUUUGUUAGGUACAUUGUUUUAUUAAUUCAAAAUGAUUUGGUUGGACUAAAAAAUUAUAGUUCGUGCCUGAGCUGCACAAUUUUCUGAACUUUAUGAGCUGGUGUCAUAAUAUGGUGUCGUAAUAUGGUGUCUAGGUUCUUUAAAAUAGUUUGUGUCACACAUAAAUGGCACAACACAGAACACGAGGCAUAUGGCUGCUUAAUGUGUAAAAACAUAUCUCAGUGGAGCUAUUUUACUUGCGCUAUUCAGCAUGUUACAACUUCAGAGUGGAUUACAAAUUUGGCGCAGAUUCUUAAGAGUAAGGAGUAGGAGGAACAUUUUUCUUAUUUGGAUUUAGCGUUCGCUUUUAAAUGAGAAACUAUAGUUCAAAAUAUGACCAAAAUAUUGCUACAGGGUCAGUCUUUAACAUCAGUGCAGUUCAAACAGAGAUAUGACAAGAACUACCCUCCAUAGUUUGAAUAUUUAAUUAUGGAAGUGUAGAGCUGUGAUAAAAUAAAUGAAAUAUAUGUGUAUAGCUGAACCUUCAUAAUAGGCUAAUAUAAAUAAAUUGUUCUUUUUUUUCCUCCUUACUUGCGCGAUACCUUCUAAAGUAUGGCAGUGUUCAAUUUAUUUUCCUUAUUUCUUUGUAGUAUGUGCGUGAUUUAACUCUGUACUAUCUUGAAAAAAAGAACAUCUUUUCAUAGUGAUUGUCGCGAAGUGAAUUUUGUUUGUACCGUGUUCACAUGUAUCUACUCCGUCAAAGUAUACAUUUAUAGUCUUCGUUAGGUAGCUCUCACACUUGACGUAAAGUCUGAUAAUUGUAGAAUGUGGCAAUUGUGAUUGCAGUUACGUUGCACUGGACUAAAAAGAUAAAACUCUUGUUAUAUUGCAGUAAAAAGAAGGACAUAGUUUUUUUAGUGAUGCGUUAUCUCAAUUUCGGAUACGUCAAAGUUAGUGAAUCAGCCUGCUGGUGUCAAGUUCCAGAAGCCUCGAUCGAUUUAAUAUUAACGUCGUUUGCUGAGGCAAUGUCAUAGUAAACUGGCAUCCUUAUGCUGUGCAUACGCCCUACAUCUAUUCGUCAUCAACCCAUAUUCGGCUCACUGCUGAGCUCGAGUCUCCUCUCAGAAUGAGAGGGGUUAGGCCAGUAGUCCACCACGCUGGCCCAAUGCGGAUUGGCAGACUUCACACACGCAGAGAAUUAAGAUAAUUCUCUGGUAUGCAGGUUUCCUCACGAUGUUUUCCUUCACCGAUUGAGACACGUGAUAUUUAAUUUCUUAAAAUGCACACAACUGAAAAAUUGGAGGUGCAUGCCCCGGACCGGAUUCGAACCCACACCCUCCGGAAUCGGAGACAGAGGUCAUAUCCACUGGGCUAUCACUGUGCUAAUCACAGAAAAAUACGAGAACAUUUUAGCGAACAUUUCGUCGAGCGUUCUGGCGGGCUGGCAGUAAGUUAAUUUAUAGAUGACUUUACGUCAGGUAUGGACGCUUCCUUAGUGUUAUAUUUUAAAUAUGAUUGUAAAUUAGUCCUAAGACCCUGUAAAGAUUUUGUAUGUGCUUUUGUAAUAAACUUUCCUGAUGUA